AUGCACGGAAGGGAAAGUCUGGGGGGAAGCAGCAAAGGGGCGGCUGCAGAAGAUGUAGAAAAUGGUGAUGUGGGACGGAAGCCAAAACAGCAGCAGAAGGAGGAGGAAGUGCAGGUGACGAGCAAGCAGCUUGAGAUGCUGCAGCAGGCGAACGACGAGAUUGCACGCGGGCGAUAUAUGGAAGCAAUUGCCAUCUACAACAAGGCCCUCUCAAUAAACCCCACAAGCACAGCCGGCUUCAUGGCUCGAGCGGGCACUUAUUUCAAAAUGAACAAGCCUGUUGAGGUAGACAUGAUGACGAUGUAUGGUGACAUCAUGAGGCUCCUUAUUGCGUCUGGUGCUUCUGCCUUCUGUUCUGAAUCCACCACACCCACUUGCCAUGUCUUGAAGGCCAUAGUGGACUAUUCUCGAGUCAUUGACCUCCACCCCUCCAAUGCUGAAGCACUCAGGUGGCGAGGCAUCCUCUCUUUCAACCUCAAAGACUACUAUGCAGCUGAGAAGGACUUUCAGCAAGCCAUUCGCCUUGACCCCUCUCAGUCCUUUGUCUUCCGAGGCCUUGCCCUCGCCAUAGGGGGCAGUGGGAGGUGGCGGGAGUCACUGGCAGUGUUUGCAGAGGGAGUGAGGCGCCACCCCCAGGAUGCGGACCUGUGGCAUUCCAAGGGGCGCGCGCACAAGGAGCUGGGCGAGGUAGAGCAAGCCAUAGAGGCGCUGCAGCGAGCACUGCAGAUCCGAAAGGCCGCCAUACGCUAUGCAAGGGAGGGGUUGCAGCUGGACAGUGGAGACAUGGAGCUCGUGCAUGCCCUCGCCAGCAGCCUGCAUGCUCUGGGGGACUUCGCUGAAGCUAUGCGCAAGUACCAGACAGCGAUGGCACUGCAACCCAGGGAUCAGGAGGGACAAGUUCUCCAACACUCCAUCUUCUACCAGAGGAAGGUACUGGCGUACACCAUUGCUCGCUUGCAGCAGCCGCUCUCCUCCAUCCGCUUCGACUGGGACUUCACAGCUGAGUUCAGAGAGGCAUGGACCAAUAGUGACCCUACUAUAGCAACACUGCCAGGCUACCAGCCCCUAUCAGUCACUUCACGCCAGUUACAGCGCGCCACACUACGGUCCCUGCCCAGGCUGUCACGAGAAGCGUUGGAUCUGAUCGAAGCAGCGGACAGGAUCGGCCAGCGGGCUCACUACCACUGCGAUGCCUUCAUGCCAAACAGGCAGCAGCUGCGCAUGGCAGGGCUGGCUGCUUUGGACGUGAUGCAGCAGCUUUUUCGGAAAAGCAGCAGCAGCAGAAGCAAGGGGGCAGGCAGCGGGGUGCUGAAGGGGUGGAGGGAUGUGUACGAGGUGAUCACGAGAUGGAGACAGAUCGCCGAUCCAACGGCUGCUAUUCUCUGGAACGACCAACUGAAAAAAAGCUUUGCACAGGGUGUUCGGUCGUCCACGCCUAUCAAGGUGUGGGAUCUGCAGACCGUCAAGUAUUACCCCGUCUUUAACAAGUCAUUUGAGGCCAUGCGUGAGGCUCUGCUGGAGUCGGAGCAGGCCUUCACAAACAACCAGCCCUUCGCUGUGCCGCGCAACACACGUGGCGACAUGAUAGCCAGGGCAUCUGACCUGCAGGCGCUUCAUCAGGCUGUGGGAAAGGACUUUCUGGUCCAAGCACCCUGCUACAGCCAUGCCGUUCCAGGGUACGCCUUCCCUGCUACUCUCAGUAUACGCCUUCCCCGCUACUCUCAGUAUACGCCGUCCCUGCUACUCUCAGGGUAUGCCUUCCCUGCUACAGCUGAGCAUCUGAGCAAUACUGUAUGUCCUGAUCCAUGCCCCAGCCAUGAGGUCUCAACUGCCGUACGCACAGAUGCCUCUGAAAUGAUAGUCCAUCCAUUCCUACUUUCCCGUCCUCCCUCCCACCAGGCGCUGUGUGCGGCAGUGCUGGACGCACACACAGAGGCAGCUGAUCCCUAUCGCUACCGCCAGAGGAUUCAAGACGCCAUCCUCCGCCUGGGAUACUUCUGGUUCCAGCUGAUGCCGUUGACUCGCGGGUCCGCCAUGGUGGGGCUGGUCUCCAUCCUCGGCCUCUCCAUGGCUGCUCACAUGCAGACCACUGCGCUCAUUCCCCAUGGGGUGCAGGUAGGCUGA